UAAGUUCGAAAGUUGUUUUCAGUUAAUUUGUGAUGUGCUCUUAUCGUGUACAGGUUUCUGCCCCUUAAAAAUCUGUUUGCACUGUAAACGUUAUUGUUGUGAUUAAGUGAGCAAUGAGUGUGAUAUGGGUUGGGUUUUACAGUUUCAUGUUAAUUACGAAAAUCUGUUCUGCCCUGUACAUUGCACCCAAAAUAAUCCGAAAUUUUGAGGAAGAGGAUCCUAUUAUUGACGCUGGAAGCAACUAUACCCUAACAUGUGAAGGAGCUCAGUCUAUGACGUGGAUUUACCCGCAACCUUCAAAUGGAAACGAGUGGACAACGUUUACUAUAACAAAUCAGUACGCUAAUAAUUCAGAAGUUAUUAAUCGUUCAAUACUUCAUAUAAGCAACAUGUCGUACCCAUUUGUGGGGUAUUAUUCCUGUCAGAACGAAAUCGGAGAUGAUCAAGAUCAGGUCUAUUUGUAUGUGAAUGAUCCUCAGCACCUUUCAGUGGAAGACACCUAUAACAUGCAAUUUGCUGUUCUCAAUGAAGAAGUUACUCUUCCAUGUAGGCCCACAUCGCCUAAAAUCAAAGUCAAUCUGACCUGUUUCGGCAAAAAUGUUCAGAGAGACUAUCAAAUUUUCAACCCUCGCAAAGGAUUUCUGGUUAAUAUGACAAAGGAACAAACCGAAUAUGUGUUGUUCAGCUGCACUUUCUUCAAAAAGGAAGUUACGAUGUCCAGAACAAUUAUCGUAGUUGUGGAGCCUCCCAGGAUGAGAUUGGCAGUUCCCAGAAUAAUCGAUGCGUCGCAUAAUCAUACUGAAGUUGGAGACUCCAUAAACUUAAGUUGUUCUUUGGAAGAACGAGCGAUUUCCAUCAAUUUUCAUUGGACUACACCAAGAGGAACUUUCAAUUUUAAGAAUAAUUCAGGCGAUGUAAAAGUAGCUGAUAAUAUGUACACAAAAGAUCGCCAAACAUUAGUUUCAACUAUAACGAUUAAGAACAGCACUCUUGCAGAUACUGGAACGUAUGUUUGCAGGGUAUUUGAUUAUCAACACCAUUCUGAAACAACCCUUAUAGACAUAAUGGUUCAUAAUAAAAACGAGUGUUACAUUGAAAUUAAGGAAAGUAAUGAGACCCAAACAAUUUCCGUCAAUGCCAAUGAAAAAGUGCAGUGGAUUGUGAAUGUAGUUGGUCAUCCGAUACCAAACCUAACAUGGUAUGAUCCCAGAAAUAAUAUAAUCAAAAACAAUUCAUUAUACAGUGGCGACUUUAUUGAUAGCCAAGCCAUACUCACGAUUGCGGAUGUUCAACUAGAAAAUGCUGGUUUAUAUAAAUUAAGAGCUAUUUCACGUCGCGAACAUGCAACUGGAAACUGCUCAGAAUCCGCUGAAAUUAAAGUAAUGUUGGAUGUCGAAGCAAAACCAACAGUCUGUGUGACAAUAUUGGGACAAUCAUGCACAACCUCAGAGGAAAAUGUUCCCAAUUUUUUUUACGUUAACUCGGAAGCUAUUUUGGAGUGCACAGCUACAGGGAAUCCACUUGAUCUCAUUAGCUGGCAGCGAAUAGUGUGCGAAGCUGGUGGAAAUUGCCAGUUUUCUAAAGAAGCUGAGGAAACUGUAUCGGCAUCUGAGUUGCACUCAGCCAAAUCGAAUUACACUAUAGACACUUCCACAGACGGUAAAGUUAAGUGUCUGGCGUCUAAUUAUCUGGGAAGUGCCGAAGUAUCAAGCCAAUAUUAUAUAUCAGAUGUAAAAGGUGGCUUCGAUGUAUUCAAUUUUGGGCCCUAUGCUAUAGUCAAUAUGAACGAAACCUCAGUCGAAGUUAUUGUAGCAGAAAAUGAAAGAUUCACAUUCACUUGUGGUGUGUGCCCAAAAAAAUCUGCGGAAUUAAGCGUGUUGUUCAACAGUGAGCCGUUAGACGAACGACAUUUUCAAAAUACUGCAGACAGCGAGUUAUCAACAAAUAAGUCCGUACUGUUAAAGCACGUACAAAUUUCCGAUUCCGGAAUAUAUACGUGCAGAAUUCAUAAUUGGCACGACUUCUCCUAUGAAUAUCGCAACAUAACGUUAACGGUUAAAGUUCCAGAAAAACCUGCAGUGUUAGCCACUAAUUUACUAAACGAAAUCCUAAUCGCGUAUCCAAAAAUGGAUAAAACGCUAUUUUGUAAUGCCAGUGGAAUUCCUAAACCCACUAUUCAGUGGUUUAAGGACGAUCAAGUUAUCAAUCCGAGCGAACGAAUAUUUUUUGAAAAUGAAGGAAUGGAGCUGGUAUUCAAGCCCACUGAGGCAACCGAUGAAGGAAUAUAUAAAUGUGAGAUAUCGAACUCAAAUGGUAUGACUUACCGAGAAGGACAAUUGAAAUUUGAAGUAACCAAGAUCUCUCUUGCUGUAUAUUACUACGUCACUGGUUUGAUUGCCGUUCUCCUGAUUAUUGCUAUCAUUUAUAUUGUCAUCAAAAUUAGACGAGAAAAGGAAUUGCAACGGCAGCUGAAGGAUUUAGGUUUAGAACAUUUUCACAACGGUAGUCCUGAAAAUCUCAAUCCAGAUCUAGGAAUUGAUGAUCAAGCCGAACUUUUACCAUAUGACAAAAAAUUUGAAUUUCCAGUUGAACAUUUAAAUAUAGGUAAGCAACUGGGCUCAGGGGCAUUUGGCGUAGUCAUGAAAGCUGUAGCUAAAGGUAUAAUUGCAAGAGAACCUUCAACAAUAGUAGCUGUAAAAAUGGUUAAGAAGAAUGCAGAUCAAUCAUACAUCAAAGCUUUAGCUUCAGAGCUGAAAAUCAUGGUACAUCUAGGAAAACAUAUUAAUGUGGUUAAUUUGCUCGGAGCCUGCACUAAAAAUGUGGCAAAAAGAGAACUAUUUGUUAUUGUGGAAUUUUGUCGCUUUGGAAACCUGCAAAACUAUAUUUAUAAACAUCGGGAAAAUUUCAUUGAUCAAAUCGAUCCAGCUACUGGAGUUGUCGAUUAUAAUAUUGGACAAGAAAUAUCAGAUAGGUCCUACUCCGUGGGCAGUGAUAGCAGAUGCAACGAUGUCAGGUCACAUUCUAUGCAAGAUUAUAGAGACAGAGGACACACGAUGAGUGGAAAUACUCAAAUUACAUCAAUUGGUGAAGAGAAUAUGCUUCUCAGCAGUAGUAAUAGCGCUCAACCAGAAUGGAGAUUAAAUUACAAAGGCGAUUAUAAAGGCGACGUAAAACCUAUUUUAACUAGUGAUCUUUUGGCUUGGUCAUUCCAAGUGGCCAGAGGAAUGGAAUAUUUGGCAACAAGAAAAGUACUUCAUGGCGAUUUGGCGGCCAGAAAUAUUCUUCUGGCCGACAACAAUGUAGUCAAGAUUUGUGAUUUUGGACUGGCCAAAACCAUGUAUAAUGAUAACAACUAUAAAAAGAAAGGAAAUAAUCCUAUGCCAAUAAAAUGGAUGGCGAUAGAAUCACUAAGAGACAGAGUUUUUUCAACCCAAUCAGAUGUAUGGUCUUAUGGCAUAGUUUUAUGGGAAUUUUUUUCAUUAGCUAGAACGCCUUAUCCUGGAAUGGAAGCAGAUGAACGUCUAUACCAGAAACUAGUUGAUGGUUAUAGAAUGGAAUCACCACCUCUGGCUCCUGAGUAUAUAUAUCAAAUAAUGCAGGACUGCUGGAAUGUUAAACCAUUAGCAAGACCGUCCUUUAAAAAGCUGGCAAUGUCUAUCGGAAAUUAUAUGGAAGAUAUCGUUCGUCAGCAUUAUGUGGAUUUAAAUGACCCGUACGUUCAAAUGAACAACGAAAACAUGAACAAUACGGACUUCUUAGGAAUGUUAAGUCCUCCAUCGUUUGAUUUUUUGUCCACUCCGUCGCCAAGGUAUGUAAAUGUGGAAAGUCCUACUGAUGAGCAACCAAUCCCGAAAACUGGAGGUACUCCAGACGGUUAUCUUUGCAUGGAUAUCAAUGAAAAACCGAUUCGACAAAACAAGAAUGACAAUGUAUUCAAGUAUGGUCCUGCAGGACGAUACACGCCAAAUAUGGAAGGGCAUGAACUAAGGCCAAUGCUACACUCGAGCGACAAUUUGGAAAGUGACUCUGGAUAUCUAACUCCUGUAACGCCGAUAAACAGUAUUUCGAACCCCACAUACCUUUGUAUGCCCAAUACUGAAUUGCAGAAUCCAAAAAAUGUGGUUCGAAUAGAGGAAGCGGAACUCGAUAAUUAUGUCACAAUGCCCCAAUACAAGAGUUUAGUAAUUAAUAAAAUUCAAGAUAAGGAUAAUAAACGCCCUUUUAAACACAACAAUGGAAUAAAUGACCAUAAUCAAUAUGUAAAUAUUAACGUUGAUUCGUUCGACUCAGUUGACUUGUGAAUAAGAUUAUUUUAUAAAAAAGUAUCACAAAAAAAGUGGUAUUUCGACAGAAAACUCGAAACCAUUAAAAAUGUGAUAGUGAAAAGCUAUAACAUAUUUUAGAGCUAUAAAUAAGUGCCAUAAAGACGACAAAUUCAAUUAAAUCAUCAUUGAUUUUUUCAGUUUAUGUCUAUUAUAUUUGAAAACGAAUACAUGGUUUUUCUUCAUGAAAUUGGUGUUGCAUGCAACUGCAUAGAAAGGUGAUAAAAUUGGCUUUGAAGGUAAAGGAAUUAUAUACUUACAAACAAAUCUAAAUUGCUUCGUUUGAUGUUAUUUUCUUUUAAAAGAUAUCACUCAAAAAGCGACAAAAAUAUUUGUUGUAUACACAAUGAAUUGCAAUGUGAAAUAAAAAAGCAUACAAAACGAAACAUAAAAUAUAUAGUAGUUUUACUUGCUAGUAUAUAAAGGUGUGUUUAUUAUUUUUUAUACUAUACAAUGUUUGUUUGACUUUUUACUAAACUAUUAAAUUUAAUUGAAUUAGUAGUAACUAGCGUAAAUUUCGUUUGCAUCAAAUGAUUAUUAUAAAGCUGUUAUACUUAUAAAGAAAAUAGAAAUAGGUUAAUAGAAAAUUAAAUACA